GCUAACUGUUAGUCCAACUAGUAUACUUCGGCCCGCGCAGCACCCAUAUCUACCACCACAAUCACAACAUCCAUCCAUCUCACAUCAACACUCUCUCUUGGUCCCAAAUGCUGUUCAUUGAGGCUCUGGUGUACCGCGGUACCUGACUGGGUAUUAUUUUUGGCCUAUGCAUACUACUUCGCCGAUAUUGAGGCAGUGUUGCCAACCGGCCUUUUCUGGCGACACGCACUGCAAUGCUGCUUCGCCAAGCUAGGUACCAGACUGUCGGGUCCUACUAUUCCCGUUUCAUUAAGAGCAGGAGAGCAGGAGAAAAGGGAAAAAAAAGCGCGCUGCUCCAGCCGACUGUUGCUGAUCAGGAAGCCAGGCAUUCCCCCCCGUCGAUGUUGCCAAUAAUUCAGCCGCUAUUGUUGCCCGUCUUUUCCCCAGCGCCAUGCUUGUUGUCCCAAGAGGCACUGCAUCCCCUAACGUAACGGGGUCUCCUACACCCCCACUACACACUCACAAUUACCACUACUAUCUGGUUCCCUUCAUUUUUUGUUUACUUUGUACCAUUCAGAU